AUGGCAUCGAAUCAUCUGUUCUACGUUAGCCGGGCCGACAUAUUUUCCGUGUAUCCGGAGAUUUUACGCGAGAUCCUGGUGCUCGAAGAGCUGUUUGGCACGAAAACGAUCACGGCCUUUGGGCACACGAUUGCGGCGACCGAUCGAGUACCUCUGCAACUGCCGAGUGAGUUCGACUGGCAGCUGAAACAGUACUUCCGGCUUUUGGAGCAACAGAAACGGAUUAACGCUGCAGCGGAACAAGGAAUACAGCUGAAAAGCUCGUUGGAGAAGGCGGAUCACACCUACUGGGAGGUGCGAGCAAAAUCCAUCGAUGAUGUUACCUCGCCAAUGACAUCCCCCGCUUCAGCUGACUCAGCAUCGACCACGUUUCGCCGCCGACGGCGCCAAUGCUACCUGGACAAUCCCAUCGACUUUUGCGAUAUUGAUGCAUACAAUCAGUGGCGCCUAGAGGAUAUCGUUAGGGCUGGAAGACUGCUGCACAAACCCCCUCUGGCCGUUUCCUUCGACGAUGAGUAUGAGAUGCGUAAAGUGUACUCCAUGAUUUACGAUGUCUACCGUUUCAAGCUGGUACUGCAACAGGCCCUGAAAAAUGUUGGCUUCUACGACAGCUUUCCAACGCUAGUUGACGAAACUACCCGCGUUUGGUUGCUGCUGUAUGAUAUGUAUUUGCGGAAAUUCGUCAAACGGGAACCGGAAACCGUACCGGAGAAGGACGAGCUUUUCCGGGAAGCCAAUCUGCUCGAAAUCGAACAAUGUCUCGAGCAGAACAGCAUAAAAAUAGCGGCCGCUUUGACGCGAAUACGCAUUCAAAACAGCGCAUACAACAUGCAGUGUCUGCUGCCACCGCACUUGCAGGACGAUAAGGUAGCGAUCGUCGUCUCGAAUCCGAUUAUCAUCGGAUGGAUUAACACGUUUCGGAUCCGCACGAAGCAAGAAGCGAAUGCCAUUCUGCGGCAGCUCGGAUUCGAGUUGAUCGAACAUCCUGCACCGAACAUGCUGAGCAUGUUCAAUCUAUUUCACGCACGAGAGAAACCCCAGCACGUGCCACUGUCGAUCAACCGCUACAAGUGGGAUCGCUUUUGUCCGCAGGUGGUAUUCAUCUAUCCGGAAGACAAAUCACUAUUUCUCCACUCAACCAUCUUCAGCGAUCAUCAGUUCAUCAUACAGGAUCGUUCGUUUACGAUUGGACCGACGAUUUUCUCGCAAUUGCUGGACUAUUUCGAGGUUCAGGGGGAUGUGGUGCAGACUCACAUAGCCUCGCCGCGAUCGACCGCUUACCUAGCAUCGUUACUGGCGAACUGUAAUCGUGUGCGCAACUUUAUUGCCUACGGAUGUGGCACAAAAUUGGCCGAGUACCGGGCCUACAUGGCCACCCUAGGAGUGACCAACGUGAAGCUAUUCGCUGAAUCCUUUGCGGACGUUCCGCACGGAUCACAAGUUGUGGACAAGGUGGUGGGAAUACUGGCGAAUCCGCCCAGCUCUUACAGUGCUGUCGGUGAUCCGAUUGAUUUGAUUUGUAGCCGUGGCGGUGACCUCUCGAUGCUGGAAAUGCUCUCCGAGUCCGAGAUGACUGACGACAGCCGUCGCCGGGUUACCAAGCUGUUGGAGGAACAGCGCGAAACACUUAAAUUGUGCAUGUCACGACCUCAGGUACAGUUUGUGCUCUACCAGACUCACUCGAUCGUGGAAACCGAGAAUAGUAUCAUGGUACAACGGGCCGUUGAGUACACCAACCAGAAGGCUUUCAAUGUGCACUACCGGGCAAUGAAGGAACGGGAAGUAGCAGCACUGGCCGAAGCGGCAGGCAAUACAAUCGUCAAUAGGUUGAUGGGACGAACCAAGGCAACCGAAAGCGACGGUGAGCGUGAAGGAGCUGACGGUAGCGGAGGAGAAGGCCUUGGUUCUCGUCGCAACUCCGAAGAAGAUGUGAACGUUCCGCCCGAAGAUCAGUUCGAGGUUGUGGAUCUGCCGGACUUUUGUCCACAAAAAGAUGCCUGUCUGGAUUUCCGAGAGUGUGGCGUCUUCCUUUCGCUCAUCAAGCGUAAGGAAGUAAUCCGCCUAGACUCGAAGUAUCUUAUCAAAAUCGCCGAGCUCCGGGGCAUCUUUGGUGACACCAGUAAUGAGCCGCGCAUCAACGUGAAGGUUUCGAAGCGUGCCGAUCGCAGGUCCGAGGAGCAGGAAGCGCACGAUUUACAAAACCGCAAAAAGCGCCUUAAACGACGUGGUAGCAAUAUGGAUUCCCUCAUUACCCGGCUCAACACUCCGACGCAGGCCUCCUUGAAGCGGGCCCACCACCAUCGUAUUUCUUCCGUUGAACAUAAAUUUAUGUUCUUUGAUGCUUAUCGCGAGUGGUGUCCAAAGUAUGCGAAUCGCAGUGAAAACAACCUGAGCGUAAUAUCAGAUGACCGAUCUUCAACGGUUUCGAUCGUCCGAGCACGCAUUUGGUGGAAAGCAACGAUCCAUUAUGUGCUUCAGAUGGGCAGGAUUGCUCGGUUGGACCAAACCAAAGGAGUGGCCGAUCUACCACCCCUCAUCCUGCGGCGCUACGAUACGGUUGGGUGUCGAUACGGUGGAGAAGAGGGUAGCAAACGGUUCCGUUGUACUCACUACAACCGCGUCCCGUAUCCGUUGCCAGUUCGGAUACUUGAAUUCCGGCAGUACAACUCGGAAAACAGUUUGUUGCAGAAACCCGCACCAAUCGAAAAGGAAGCCGCCGUAAAGCCAGCCAGACUAAGCCGCCAAAAUGCCUUGACUUCCAACAUCCCCGGGCCACGUGUUCGGCUUCGAUCUUCUCAAUCCUGUUGAUUCACUAGCGACGAGUGGACAAUCACGAGCGAAUUCAACCAACGAAAAGAAUUCCUUGCUAAUAAAACCCC